UAUGUGGCAGAUAAUUUUAUGAUAAUUUCUUACAUUAAAUAUUUGUCGAUAUAUUAGAAAAGGGUGGGGGGGAGCAGAGGCAGGCUCAAGGCAAAGAGAGCUCUCUUCUCUGACUGAUCAGAAGCUUCCUCGCCAUUCAUAGCAGCGGAGGAGGAGAAAUAGAACAAGGGAAGAGAUGGACUACGUGUACGGACCAGGGAGGAACCAUCUGUUCGUACCGGGACCGGUUAACAUACCGGAACCGGUUAUCCGAGCAAUGAACCGGAACAACGAGGACUACCGGUCUCCGGCCAUCCCGGCUCUCACCAAAACCCUUCUGGAGGACGUGAAGAAGAUCUUCAAGACCACUUCCGGCACCCCCUUCAUCAUCCCCACCACAGGGACGGGGGCAUGGGAGAGCGCGCUGACGAACACGCUGUCCCCUGGGGACAGGAUAGUGUCGUUCCUGAUCGGGCAGUUCAGUCUGCUGUGGAUAGACCAGCAGCAGAGGCUCAAGUUCAACGUGGACGUGGUCGAGAGCGAGUGGGGCCGAGGAGCUGAUCUCCAAGUCCUGUCUUCGAAGCUUUCUCAAGACCCACAGCACACAAUCAAAGCCAUCUGCAUUGUCCACAACGAGACCGCCACCGGCGUCACCAACGACAUCUCCGCCGUCAGGGCUCUCCUCGAUCACUACAACCACCCGGCUUUGCUGCUGGUGGACGGUGUCUCGUCCAUAUGCGCGUUGGAUUUCCGCAUGGACGAGUGGGGAGUGGACGUGGCGCUCACCGGCUCUCAGAAGGCUCUGUCUCUCCCGACCGGUAUGGGGAUCGUGUGCGCCAGCCCCAAGGCUCUCGAGGCUUCCAAAACCGCUAAAUCGGUCAGAGUGUUCUUCGACUGGAGCGACUAUCUGAAGUUCUACAAGCUCGGAACCUUCUGGCCAUACACUCCUUCCAUCCAACUGCUGUACGGUCUCAGAGCCGCCCUCGAUCUUAUCUUCGAAGAAGGGCUCGACAACGUCAUUGCCCGACACGCCCGUCUCGGGAAGGCCACAAGGCUUGCGGUCCAAGCGUGGGGACUGAAGAACUGCACGCAGAAGGAGGAAUGGUACAGUGACACUGUGACAGCGGUGGUCGUCCCUCCGCACAUCGACAGCACCGAGAUCGUGAGACGCGCGUGGAAGAGGUACAACCUCAGCUUAGGACUCGGUCUCAACAAGGUUGCCGGAAAGGUCUUCAGAAUCGGUCAUCUUGGAAACCUCAACGAGUUGCAACUGUUGGGGUGUUUGGCUGGGGUGGAGAUGAUAUUGAGAGAUGUCGGGUAUCCGGUGAAACUGGGCAGUGGAGUUGCGGCGGCCUGCGCCUAUCUUCAGAACAACGUUCCUCUCAUCCCUUCCAGGAUCUAAGCAACCCACCACUCAAAGUGUUCAUCUUUGUAAAAACCCAACAAAAAAAAAACACAAGUCUCUUGUAUGAUUUUUAUUUUGUUUCAUUUCGACAUACCCUUUACUCUGUUUUAAAACGACUUUGUCAUAUGCUUUCUGAAUUCCCUCGAUAUGUCUAUGAGUUCGGUUUAACGGUUGGGAUCGAACUAUGGGUUGGUUCUUU